AUGCCAGUUCCAGACCAGCCGACUGAGCCAGAGAACCCCAGCAUGCUGAGCCCAGUACUGAACGCCUCAAACGGAGGAGGAACUGAGACGGAGACCACCUCGGCAAUCCUGGCCUCCGUCAAAGAACAGGAGCUGCAGUUUGAGCGACUGACUCGUGAACUGGAGGCAGAGAGGCAGAUUGUGGCCACCCAGCUGGAGCGAUGCAAGCUGGGAUCUGAGACGGGAAGCAUGAGCAGCAUCAGUUCUGCAGAUGAGAAGUUUCGCUGGAACAACCAAGACGGUCCAAAGGAUAUUGAGGAAGAGCUUACGACUGGCCUGGAACUCGUGGAUUCCUGCAUCAGGUCACUCCAGGAAUCAGGAAUUCUGGACUCACAGGAAUUCUCAGCAGGCGACAGAACAGGGAUCCUAUCUCAGAGUGCACUGCAGCUCAACAAUCAAGAGGGCACCUUCCCCUAUCCCGGUGGUUACCAUAGCAACCAGACCCUGGCUCUCGGCGACCUGCCGACCCCACAGCCCCUUCCACGCGGUGGCCAGGUGGGUGGGGCUGUGCACAGUUAUAAUCAGGUGACGUCUAACCGUGCAGCCCAGCUCGCUGGAGGUGACCCAGCUUCUCAGGCUCAGUCCAGAGACUCAUUCGGCACGAGUCAUGGCAGCGCCUUCCACAUGCCUGACGCGCAGCCUUCGGCGUCCGUGUAUUACUCCUGCGCGACUCUGCCGGCCCAGCGCGUGAGCUCCCCUCUCUCCGUGCAGGCCCUGGGCUCGCCCUCCAAACUCCAGCGCUUGGGCUCUGCCUCCGACAUGCCCAGUUACGCCACCCUGCAGCAGUCGCCCAAACAGUCCCCCAGCAGGCUGGCCAAAUCCUACAGCACCAGCUCUCCCAUCAACAUGGCGGCGGGGGCGGCUUCGUCCUCGUCCCCCCUCCACAUGGCCUCUGUCCAGGGCAACAUCUCCAGCUCGUCCCCUCUUCACCAGCUCAGCUCAGCUAUUGGCAGCUACGCCACCCUCUCGCCUACCAAGCGCAUGCUGCAUUCCUCUGACCAGUACAAGAUAUCCCACGACCUGUAUGCCAACGCUACUCUCCAGAGACCUGGCAGCCUGGCAGGCUCCAGGGCAUCUUACAGCAGCCAACACAGUCACCUGGGCUCUGAGUUAAGACCUCUGCAGUCUCCUGAACAUCACAUUGACCCCAUUUAUGAGGACAGAGUCUAUCAGAAAGCUCCUCUGAGAAACUUCAACCAGGGCCAGGAUCCUAUGAACCAGUUUUGUGAACAGGUCCUGAACUAUCUACUCUGUCCCUACUCUCCUGCCAUAGCCCCGAACUCCCCUGGUGUUGACCCCAUCCCCUUGCAGCGCACAGGGAGCCAGAACGCCACGGGGACCUUCCCCAGAGCCGGCUACCCCGCCGGACCCGGCUCCGCCGCGGCCGAUUACGCCAACCCGUACCGCACCCUUCAGUUCUGCCCUUCCACAGAUUCUCCCUACAGUAAAUCUGGGCCCACUCUGCCCCCAGAGGCCACACUGGUGCGCUCGUCCUCUGUGGAUAGCAUUCAGAAGGAUCCCAGGUACGACCCUGAAUUCCUUGUCUGGAAUCAAAAUCAAGCCGAGCAAAGAAUGACAAAGGAGUUUGGCUGGAGAGACCCUGAGCUACCUGAGGUGAUCCAAAUGCUGCAGCACCAGUUUCCCUCGGUGCAAUCCAAUGCUGCAGCUUAUCUGCAGCACCUGUGUUUUGGAGACAACAAGAUCAAGUCAGAGAUCCGGAGGCAGGGAGGGAUCCAGCUCUUGGUGGACCUGCUGGACCACCGCAUGACGGACGUGCACCGGAGCGCCUGCGGGGCCCUUAGAAACCUGGUCUACGGCAAAGCCAAUGACGACAACAAGAUUGCCCUCAAAAACUGCGGUGGCAUCCCUGCUCUGGUUCGUCUCCUCCGCAAGACUAGCGACGUGGAGAUCAGAGAGCUUCUCACAGGUGUCUUGUGGAACCUCUCCUCGUGUGAUGCUCUGAAGAUGCCAAUCAUUCAGGAUGCUCUGGCUGUGCUCACCAACACUGUGAUCAUCCCUCAUUCCGGCUGGGACACAUCCCCUCAUCAAGAUGACCGCAAACUGCACCUGCACUCCUCUCAGGUUCUGCGCAAUGCCACUGGCUGCCUCAGGAACGUGAGUUCGGCGGGAGAGGAGGCUCGUCGGAGGAUGCGGGAGUGUGAGGGUCUGACUGAUGCCCUGCUGUAUGUCAUCCAGACGGCCCUGGGAAGCAGCGAGAUCGACAGCAAGACCAUUGAGAACUGCGUUUGCAUCCUGAGAAACCUGUCCUAUAGGUUGGCUGCGGAGACUUGUCAGGGCCAGCAGAUGGGCUCCGAGGAGCUGGACGGGGUCCUGUGCGGGGACGCCAGCGGAAAGGACGCGGAGAGUUCCGGAUGUUGGGGCAAGAAGAAAAAGAAAAAGAAAGCCCAUGAUCAGUGGGAUGGUGUAGGGCCCUUCCCGGACUCCACAGACCCUCCUAAGGGCCUGCAGAUGCUGUGGCACCCGUCCAUCGUCAAACCCUACCUCACUCUCCUGUCAGAGUGCUCCAACCCUGACACACUGGAAGGAGCAGCUGGGGCUCUACAGAACCUAGCAGCUGGCAGCUGGAAGGUAGGCCCCACCCCAAAACCAUGGUCCGUGUAUAUCCGUGCAGCAGUAAGGAAAGAGAAGGGGCUGCCUAUUCUGGUGGAGCUGCUUAGGAUCGAUAACGAUCGCGUGGUGUGUGCUGUGGCUACAGCACUAAGAAACAUGGCCCUGGAUGUGAGGAACAAAGAGCUUAUUGGUAAGUAUGCAAUGAGAGACCUGGUCCACCGUCUACCAGGAGGAAACAACAAUAACACUAGCAGCGGUAUCAGUAACACAGGGAAGACCAUGUCGGACGACACCGUCACAGCUAUCUGCUGCGCUCUCCAUGAGGUCAUCACUAAGAACAUGGAGAACACCAAAGCCCUCCGUGAUGCUGGAGGCAUCGAGAAGCUCAUCGGCAUCGCCCGCAGCAAAGGAGACAAACACACACCUAAAGUGGUGAAGGCAGCAUCUCAAGUCCUAAACAGCAUGUGGCAAUACAGAGAUCUGCGAAGUCUUUAUAAGAAGGAUGGCUAUUCUCAGUAUCAUUUUGUGGGCUCUUCCUCGACAAUAGAGAGAGAUAGGCAAAGACCAUAUUCCUCUUCCCGCACCCCCUCUAUCUCCCCUGUACGGACUUCCCCCAAUAAUCGAUCAGCAAGUGCCCCUGCCUCCCCACGAGAAAUGAUGAGCCUGAAGGAAAGGAAGACCGACUACGAGUCGACUGGAACCAACGCCGGUUACCAUGGAAACAAGGGAGAGCACACCUCCAGAAAAGAUGGCAUGGCAGCUCAAAUUUCAAGUGGAACCUCUACACUGUUUCGAGGAGCAUAUGUGUCUCCUAGUGAUGACAUCAAACAUAACCAGGUUUCAGCACAAGGGAAUCCCACAGAGGCCUAUCCGCCAUUCCAGACUCCCCCGGGGGCCAACUUUGAGGAGUCUUACUAUGAGGACCAAAUUCAUCCACGCCCUCCACCUGCCGCAGAUGGUAGCAUGCACCUAGGACUGAAGUCCACGGGGAAUUACGUGGACUUUUACUCUGCGUCGCGGCCCUACAGCGAACUCAACUACGAAACGAGUCACUACCCUGCCUCGCCGGACUCGUGGGUGUAG